AUGACGGAGAGAGUAUCAGCUUCCAAUGCGUGUAGGUUGUACUCCCGUCAUAUCCCGCCUUCGCCCAUGCGUGUCACUGUAAGCUCACACAGUUCAGCUGAACAGGUCUUCUACAAGUUCCGAACGAAUGUUGGUGACAAGACUCGCAUCACCUUCUUUCUGAAAGUCGGAGACGAUGCGCGUACAUUCGAGGGUUAUGGCGAUGCGCUUUGCGUCGAGGUGACGGAGGCCGACAAGGUGAAGGUCAGUGGUGCCACUUACGCGUGCGCCGCCGACUACAAGGUCAAUAUGAUCGAGAGAAAUGAGGCUGGAGAGGUCACGGGGGUGACCAUCAAGGGCGGGUGGCGCUUCAGGCCCAGACAGUUCCCUCCCCUGCCUCGAUCGUACAUAUCGUCUCCCAAAUCCGUUUCAGACUCUCCAUCAGCAAUCAGCAUGCAGUUCAACUUCCCGGCGCGAGCCGCAGGUGGUACGCUUGAUAUCAUCGUCUUCGCUCCCGCCAGAAUCAGCACUGACUUCAACUUCAACCGCACUUCAGCGAUAGCCAAUGUCCAUUUCACGCGCAACGAUUCAGCACUUUCCGUCAACGGUGUCAGAUAUACACUCAAGAAGGGUCAGAAUACCAUUGUGAUGAGAGGUGGAAAAGUGACGGAGCUCGAUGGGCCGUGUCUGGCCACGCAGGAGGCAGAAGAAACCAACACUGACACGCAUCAUACCCAGGGAGACACUCGAACGCCGAGUGACACUCGGAUGGAGAGCAGUGUGGUGAGGAUUGAGGCUGAUAUCAGCAAGGACCCCGUUGUGUCUUGUACCGCAGAGGACACCUCGAAGAGAGAUGAAGACUGGGAGUUGGUUCUUGGGUCAGUCGAAAGAUCCAAGGGGUCCAAUCCCAAGACCCGGUUCCCUGAUUGGCGUUCAUUCAUGCGUUUCCGACGCAAGUAG